AUGCAUUUUCGAAGGCCUGAGUAUGCUGUAGUGGCCCUACUCAGACAAUGCUCGACUACAUCCAGAUACCAGGCUUCAGGUAGCGCCUGGAGAACAGCUCAUACGUCCCGCAUAGCUCCACGAUAUCGCAUAUAUACCCACCCUUCGAGUCAACAGCAACGGGGAUAUCAAGCCCAUAGUAGCAAUCGAACGGAUACCUCUACAUCUACCUCGCAAUACUCUUCCUCGAAUUUAGAAUCAACCCACUUCCAAGCCCAUUCCUCGAAUUCUGCAGCGCAAUCGAAUCAAAGUCCCGGAGAUCCGCACAACGAUAAACAUGACUAUGCUGUGCUGGGGGGUGGAAUUACUGGUCUUGCCAGCGCGUAUCAUUUAGCACGGGAGUUUCCAAGUUCAAAAAUCACGCUUUACGAAGGGAGCGACAGGUUAGGGGGCUGGAUAAGGACUGAACGCAUCGAUGUGGAAGGGGGGGAUCUUCUAAUUGAGCAUGGCCCUAGAACGCUUCGGCCGGGUUGGGACGCAGCUGUAUUUACUACAUUGGAACUGAUCCAAGAGCUCGGCCUUCAGGAUGAUAUUUUGAGACCCAGUGAUUCCGUGGCCGAACAGAACCGAUUCAUUUACUAUCCAGACCGCCUUGUGCGCAUGCCUGCCCCUGGCUCCGAUUUCUACUCGAUUGCGUGGUCCCUCCUCACCGAACAGGUCUUUAAGGGGAUGAUCAAGGGAAUUGCUUCAGAUAUUGUGCAGCCUCCUCGACCCUCAGCCCUCGAAGACGAGUCUGUUGGCCACUUUUUGCAGCGAAGACUAGGAAAUACAAAUGUUGGCGACAACUUAAUAUCAGCGAUGCUCCAUGGAAUUUAUGCUGGGGAUAUCAAUCAAUUAAGCAUCAAGAGCAUGUUCCCGAAAUGGUGGCACUUGGAGGGCAAUUAUGGUUCUCUUACGAAGGGGCAGCUUCUCUUGUCUGUUGAAAAGACAGCCAUUGCCGAUACACGAGAUUUAGACUUAAUGGGGGAGAUAAUGCCGAAGGUGGGCCCUGUCCUGGUUCACCGUGUAGGGCCAAGCAUGUAUUCCUUCCGCGACGGGAUUUCUACUUUAUCCUCAGCGCUGGAAAGCUCGCUGCGGGCUAAUCCGAAUGUCACACUCAUGACCGGCAAGAAGAUCCAAAGUGUCGACUUCGAUUAUGCGGCUGAUGGAGUUGCUAUAUCGACAGCUCAAAGCCAAUCAUCAACGACAUAUGGAAAAGUCAUAUCGACUAUUCCCGGCCGAACGCUAUCUACCUUAGCCUCAGGAUCUCUACCCUCCCUAGAAUCCAUCCAUUCCGUCACGGUUAUGGUCGUGAACCUCUACUACCCGGACCCCGACCUCCUCCCAGAACAUGGAUUUGGUUAUCUAAUCCCCCGUUCCAUCCCAUUCGAGCAGAACCCCGAACGGGCGCUAGGCGUGAUUUUCAAUUCCGACAUUAUCCAGGGCCAGGACUCCGCCCCAGGAACUAAGGUGACAGUGAUGCUCGGUGGCCACUGGUGGGAUGGCUUUGACUCUUACCCCGACGAAGAAGAGGGUAUUGCCAUGGCAAAAGCCGUCUUACAAAGACAUAUUGGCGUUGACACUGAACCCUUUGUGGCUAGAGCCACCCUGCAGCGCGAUUGCAUCCCACAGUAUACUAUAGGACAUGAUUCACGCAUGAAAAAUGCGCACCGCGAAUUGAUCAACAAAUUUCAAGGGAAGCUGGCUGUUGCUGGGAGCAGCUAUUCCGGUGUCGGCGUCAACGAUUGUAUAAGGUCUGGAAGGGAUGUUGUUAUGGGGCUUCAAUACCACGCCGAAUUGACAGGUUUAGAGCACUUCACUGUUCCAAGAAAAUAUGCGAAGAUGGCUCCGCUAUAUGAAUAA